AUGGGUGCAGGGUAUAAAGGGCCAAAUUAUCCAAGAGUCCGUGGGUAUUUGUUGAGUAAAUUAGUUGAGGAUGUGAGGAAAAUGAUUGAUAGUUAUCGUGAGAUUUGGAAGCAAACUGGAUGCACUAUUAUGGAUGGACUGAUUGUUGUAGGCUUAUUUUGGGAUGUUGUAUUGUUUGUUGGUCCUGAGAAUGUUGUGCAUAUUGUAACGGACAAUGCUACAAACUAUGUUGCUGCGGGAAGGUUGUUGGAGGCUGAGUUUCCUAAAUUGUAUUGGUCCCCUUGUGCAGCUCAUUGUGUUAAUCUGAUGUUUCAAGAUAUUGGGAAGUUGCAAGAAGUGAGUCAAACUAUGUCACAAGCUUCAAUGAUCACUAAGUAUAUCUAUAAUCAUUGCUAUCCACUGUUCUUGAUGAGAAAGUUUACAGGUGGACGGGAAAUACUUCGUCCAGCUCCAACUCGGUUUGCUACUAAUUUCAUUGCUUUGCAAAGUAUUUUAGCUCAAAAGGAUCCUUUGAGAGCUAUGGUGACCUCUAAAGAAUGGACAAGCUCAGCUUACUCCAAAGAAGCCAAAGCUAAGAAAUUUGUGGAUCAAGUCUUGGAUUCUAAAUUUUGGAGUCAAUGCACUGAUAUUGUUAAGCUUACUGAGCCACUUGUUCGUGUUUUACGUAUUGUGGAUAGUGAAGACAGAGCUGCCAUGGGUUUUCUUUAUUCAGCUUAUCAUAAGGCUAGGGAAGAAAUAGCGAAGAGGUUUCAGAAAAGAAAGAGGGUUGCUGAUCCUUAUUUGAAGAUUUUAGAUACCCGUUGGGAUGCACAACUUAAGAAAAAUCUUCAUGCCGCUGGUUAUUGGUUAAAUCCAGCUUUUCGAUUUAAUGCUGAAGAAUUUAAAAAGCACAAACAAACGAUUUCUGGCUUGUUGGAUGUCAUUGAAAAAUAUGCUUAUGAUGAUCCUGUACUGAAUUAUAAGCUAACAAGUGAGAAGAGGAUCUUUAAGAAUGCUGAGCAAGAUUUUGGAAGACCCUCUGCAAUACGUGAACGAACCACUGUUAUGCCAAGUGAAUUUCUUCAUAAAUUUGGUCUUUCACGAUUGUGA